AUGCAGGUCAUAGACUUCCACCAGACAUUGGAAGUAAAUGGCAUACGCUUCUGGUGCUAUACUGCUGGCCAUGUACUUGGUGCUGCCAUGUUCAUGGUGGAUAUUGCCGGUGUUCGCAUUCUUUACACUGGUGACUACUCCCGUGAAGAAGACCGUCACCUCAAAGCUGCUGAGAUACCCCAGUUCUCCCCUGAUAUUUGCAUUAUCGAGUCAACUUACGGUGUGCAGCAACACCAACCCCGCCAUGUCAGAGAGAAGCGCUUCACUGAUGCCAUCCACAACACAGUUUCUCAAGGGGGCCGUGUUCUUAUCCCAGCAUUCGCUCUUGGUAGAGCACAGGAACUGCUGCUUAUCCUGGAUGAGUAUUGGUCUAACCACCCAGAGCUCCAUAAGAUUCCAAUCUAUUAUGCCUCCCCUCUUGCGAAGAAGUGCAUGGCUGUGUACCAGACAUACAUAAACUCCAUGAAUGAAAGGAUAAGGAAUCAGUUUGCACAGUCCAAUCCCUUCCAUUUCAAGCAUAUUGACCCUUUGAAUAGCAUAGACAACUUCCAUGAUGUGGGUCCGUCAGUGGUGAUGGCAAGUCCAGGUAGCCUCCAAAGCGGCCUCUCCAGGCAGCUCUUUGACAAGUGGUGCACAGAUAAGAAGAACACAUGUGUUAUUCCAGGUUAUGCUGUGGAAGGCUCGCUUGCAAAGACCAUCAUCAACGAACCGAGAGAAGUGACGCUAGCAAACGGGCUCACUGCUCCUCUUAAUAUGCAGAUCUUCUACAUCUCCUUCUCAGCUCAUGCUGAUUUUCCACAGACAAGCGGCUUCUUGGAAGAGCUUCGCCCACCCAACAUUAUACUUGUACACGGAGAAGCAAAUGAGAUGGGUAGGCUUAAGCAGAAACUUAUCACCCAGUUUGAUGGGACAAACACAAAAAUUGUGUCUCCCAAGAACUGCCAAUCAGUAGAGAUGUACUUUAGUUCUGAGAAAAUGGCCAAGACAAUUGGCAGACUGGCAGAGAAGGUACCGGAAGUGGGAGACACGGUCAGUGGCUUGCUUGUGAAGAAGGGCUUCACAUACCAGAUUAUGGCCCCUGAGGACCUCCGUGUGUACACUCAGCUGUCUACUGCCAACAUUACUCAGCGGAUAGCUGUCCCGUAUUCUGGUUCUUUUGAGGUGAUCAAGUACAGACUGAAGCAAAUAUACGAGAGCGUGGAAUCAUCAGCUGAAGAAGAUGUUCCAACACUGACUGUUCACGAGAGGGUGGCCAUCCGCCUGGAUUCAGAGAGGUACGUGACGCUGCAGUGGUCGUCUGAUCCCAUAAGCGACAUGGUGUCUGACUCGGUGGUGGCCAUGAUCUUGAACAUUGGCCGUGAGGGUCCGAAGGUUGUUCCGAUCGAAGAAGCGGUGAAGACGGAAGAAGAAACAGAGAAGGUGGCGCGUAAGGUGGUGUAUUCUCUGAUGGUAUCGCUCUUCGGCGACGUUAAAGUUGCAGAGGAAGGGAAGCUUGUUAUAACUGUGGAUGGAGACGUCGCGCACUUGGAUGGCAGGAGCGGUGAUGUCGAGUGCGAGAACGCUGGGCUGAAAGAACGGAUCAAGACCGCGUUCCGGCGCAUACAGGGUGCGGUGAGACCGAUCCCGCUUUCGGCCUCCUGA